GGACGAUGGAGCCCGGGAUAUACCUGGAAGAUCCAUUUAGACGAGUCAUAGACUUUAUACCCGGAAAAAAGAGCACCGACCCAUCGACGUCGCGAGGGAGUGUUUUGACGCGCACACGAGAUGGGGGAGCUUCGUCGUCGUCGUCGUCUCCUGCUUGCUCCUCAUCCGCACCCUCACUCGGUUCCACUUCUCCAUCAUCCUCAUCCUCAUCUUCUCUAUGAGCAGAGUCCCCUGCGUCAUUGACGCGUGCUCGUUUGGCUCCACGCGGAGAGGUCUCUUCGUCGCGCGCCUUUCCUUUGCCACCAGGACGCGUCUUGCCGCCUUUAACACGGGCGGGUUCAGGACUAGAGUUCAUAUCGCCGUCUUCCGAAGACUCCACGCGCUUCGCCAUCUAGCGUCGCGUGCGACGAUGCGUUCAGCCCCGUCGUGCGAGGUAGGAAACAAAAUGGGACUCAAUUGGCGCGCUUGGCCUUGUUUGGCCUGAUCACACGUGAUUCGUGAUCAUCUCCUUCUCUCCAAGAUGAAUCUUGGGAUAUCGAUAGCGAAUGGCCUCCGAUCUCUUCACACGAAAAUCGACUUGGUACGGGGGUAGAGGCGUCUUCGCCAACAGCGCCAUCCCCGCUGGAACCCUGAUACACACGUGCCCUGGCCCGUAUGGAUCGGUCAUCUAUCGCGAGUUUCGCAAAGAAGUCUGUGCGCAGUGUUUCGCGUACUCCUUCGAUGUCCGCCGGAAUGCUUGGAACAUUAGAAACGAAGUGCCGGGGGCAGGUGUCUGGUUCUGCAGCUCUACCUGUCGUCAAGAAUGGAGCGGCGGGCCGAUGACCUUGACUGUCAACGCCGCGGUGGACAAAUUAUCGAAGGCUGACGGGAAACGGGGCGCCACCGCAUCAGCACAUUCCGCCCUUGCGGAGAACUCUCCUGGGAUCUCGCAGACUUCUAUCGAUUCUGCCUGGGAAAACGCGGCCCAGGGUCCGACAAGCGUUCGCCUGCCUUUGGAAGAACUAGAGCUGGAAACAGUCCGCUUCGUUCUAUCCGCCCUUAUUCGCCGACAUACUGACGAUGAAAACUCCUCUGGGACGCCUCUCAACAACUGGCCUGAUCUGCUGGAGCUUCAGGACAACGAGCUUCCCUAUUACCGAAGCAAGCCGCACGCUCUGCCGUCGCACGUCCGCAUAUUCGCAUUCAUCCGCCAAGCCGUGUGCUCCUCGCCAGUUCUCGAGUGCCUGAAGCCCUACGUCGAGACCCCGGCCGCGGUGCGCGCCGUUCUCGCGCGGGAUCCGGGGAACGUCUUCGGGCUGUUCGAGAUGAACGAGACGGGCGAUAGCGAGAUGUUCGGCUGGUGCAUGUACGUAUCGGCUUCGUUCUUCAACCACGAUUGCGAACCGAAUGUGCGCAAGCGGAGAGAAGGGCGGGCGCUGCACUUCUACACCACGAGGGACAUCGAGAAGGACGAGGAACUGUGCACGAACUAUGUCGAUCUCAAGGACAGCGUGUCGGAGAGACGGGAGCAGCUCCGCGCCCACUGGUAUUUCGAAUGGUCUCUGCAAGACGGUUACAUGCUGGACAACACCGACCCAUUUCACGGUGCUCAGAUCGUUGAAAACGAGGAUGAUAUACACAUUGGAUUGCUGUAA